UCAGUAACAAUGGCUAUGAAAGUGGCUAUAAUUGGUGCAGGGUGCAGUGGACUUGCAGCCAUCAAAUGUUGUCUGGAAGAAGGCCUGGAUCCUACAUGUUUUGAAAAAAGUGAUGAUAUUGGAGGACUCUGGAAAUACUCCGAGAUGGUGGAAGAAGGAAGAGCCAGUAUCUACCAGUCUGUGUUCACUAAUACCUCCAAAGAGAUGAUGUGCUACAGUGACUUUCCAAUGCCAGAGGAUUUUCCUGUAUAUCUUCAUCAUUCCAAGAUCUUAGAAUACCUUCACCUGUAUGCUGAGCACUUUGAUCUGCUGAAAUAUAUUCAGUGCCAGACUGAAGUUUGUCAGGUGACAAAGAGUCCACAUUUUUCCAAGACUGGACAGUGGGAAGUGCUAACAAAGAAGAAUGGAACUGAGAAGAAAGAGUAUUUUGAUGCAGUCCUGGUCUGCAAUGGGCAUCAUGUUGAUCAUUAUUUACCUCUAGAAUCUUUCCCAGGUAUACAAAAAUUUAAAGGUCGAUACAUCCAUAGCCGUUUCUAUAAAAAAUCCGAACAUUACCAAGGGAAGAAUGUUCUAGUGGUGGGAAUUGGAAAUUCAGCAGGGGAUAUCUCUGUGGAAAUUAGUAGCAAAGCAAAACAGGUAUAUUUAAGUACCAGACAAGGCACCUGGGUUGUAAGUCGUAUAUCUCAUCAUGGAUAUCCAAUAGAUAUGGCUCUAGCAACACGUUUCUUUUUCUGGAUCUCAAAUCUUUUACCUGCUAAUCUAUUCAACAAGAUGAAUGAGAAACACAUGAGCAGUUGGUUUGAUCAUGAAAAUUACGGAUUAGAGCCUGAAAACAGAUCUUUUUUUAAGGAGCCCAUAGUAAACGACUACUUACCUAGCCAAAUCCUAUGUGGAGCUAUUAAAGUAAAGCCAAAUAUUAGUACAUUCACUGAAACCUCUGUCAUCUUUGAAGACGGAAGUGUUGUGGAAGAUUUGGAUGCGGUUAUAUUUGCCACAGGAUACAGUAUCUCCUUUCCGUUUCUAGAAGACUCAGUCAUCAGAGUUGACAAUAACAAAGUUGCUCUAUACAAAAAUGUCUUUCCAUUAAGUCAUGAGAAGCCAACAAUGGCAUUCCUGGGACUUGUUCAGCCACUAGGCUCCCUUUUGGCAGUUUCAGAGAUUCAAGCACGUUGGGCCACCCAAGUGUUUAAAGUCUUAGUCACUUUGUCUAGUAGGAAAUCGAAUUGUUACAAUGCUAUAACUGUUCUCUCAUCUCUUAACAGUUUUGGAAGAGGCAGAUUUCAAACACUGCAAACUUUCUUUAUCAGCUACAUGGAUGAGAUAGCAGUUGAAAUUGGUGUGCGGCCUAAUAUAGUAGUCCUAUUUCUUAAAGAGCCCAGUCUUGCGUGGAAUGUUUUCUUUGGCCCUUGUACCCCUUAUCAAUAUCGUUUGACAGGCCCAGGGAAGUGGAGUGGAGCUAGAAAAGCAAUUCUGACCCAGUGGAACCGAACUCUCAGUCCAGCAAAAACUCGAGUUGUUCAGAGGUUAACUGAAUCUCAGUCAAAAACAAAAGAAAUAAUUAUACUUUUUGGACUGGCAACAGCCAUUUUGUCAUGUGUCUACUACAUUGUCUUCACAGCACAGCAUGCACUUUGGAGUUAA